AUGUCCAGGAUAUUUGCUCAAGUGUUACUGCUGUGCGGUCUAGUACUGAUCAGUUGCCAGCAAGAGAGAUACUGCAAUCUACCUUCUUGCAGAGAGGAACCGCAUACGUUAUGUCUCUAUCGUUCAACUUCACCCUCUCCUUCUUGCGGUCAAUUGGGGCGCAGGGGUUUGACUCAGGGCGAGAAGAAUGCACUUCUCAAUAGGCACAAUUGGUACAGAGCUUAUGUUGCUAGUGGUCGAGAAACAAGAGGUGCUCCUGGACCUCAGCCUGCGGCUAGAAACCUCGGUCCUCUGACAUGGAACGAUGAAGUAGCGGCAAUCGCACAGCGGUGGGCUGAUCAAUGCAAUUAUGGCCAUGACAGGUGUCGAAACACAGCUGAUGACACGUACGUGGGACAAAAUGUCGCGUACAUCGGCUGGUCUGAUCGAUGGCGCAAUGAGAGCCUUCUUCAAAUGGUAGAUUUCUGGUACAACGAAGUCGCGGAUUUCAAUAGUCAUCUGGUCAGAGCAUUGUUCCUUCCGCUAAACCCAUUAGCGCCGGUGAUCGGCCACUACACCCAGAUGGUUUGGGCCGAGACUAUUUGGCUUGGCUGUGGUGCAUCAAGAUACAGAAGAGAUGGUGGAUACUACAUUACAUUCCUCGUUUGCAACUACGCACCAGGAGGAAAUUACGUCGGCCAGGCGAUAUAUGAAAUUCUCUGA